AAAAAAGGAAGAAGAGAAAAACCACGGCCUUAACCUAACCAUGGUUAACCCUAACCCACUCUCUUCCACAUUUAUUUAUUUCCCUCUUGUCACCCCUUCUCAGCUUAAUUUCUGUCUAUCAACUCUUUCUAUCUUUAUUUAUCUCUUUCAUUCUGUUUCGGGUUUUUUCUUCUGUCCUCUCUUUCUUUCUUUGUUCCUUUUUCUUGCUGCCAAAGAUAUCCUUGGGUUUUUUGGAAUAUUUGGAUUUUUAUUUUCUUUCCAUGUGAAGCGGAGACUCUGAGGACGCAGAGUGAUAGAGACGAAUCAUAAAAAAUUAAAAAAAAAGUUAAAAGAGAGAGAUAUGAGUUGCAAUGGCUGCCGUGUCCUCAGGAAGGGUUGCAGCGAGUCGUGUAUCUUACGGCCUUGUCUGCAGUGGAUCGAAACCCCUGAAGCCCAAGGCCACGCCACCGUUUUUGUUGCCAAGUUCUUUGGCCGUGCCGGCCUUAUGUCUUUCAUCUCCGCCGUUCCUGAGUCUCAGAGACCUGCUUUGUUUCAGUCUCUGUUGUUCGAAGCGUGUGGACGAACUGUGAACCCUGUGAACGGAGCCGUGGGAUUACUUUGGACGGGAAAUUGGCACGUGUGCCAGGCGGCGGUUGAAACGGUGCUCCGAGGAGGUACCUUGAGGCCGAUGCCGGAACUCCUCGUAGGAAAUGGAGGGGGAGGAGCCCCGACUCCGGCCUCCGAUGAAGCCUCCGAGGCGGAGGUCACGUGCACGGACAUGUGGAAGCUACGAGAUCCGAAUUCCAACUCUCGGUUCUCGAAUUCGCGAUCCAGGAACUCGCCAAAGCGCAAGCGAUCGGACGAACCAGCUAAGCUGCAGCUGCAAAACCCCGCCGAUCUCGAUCUCCGUUUGACUCCAACUUUUCCCGGGAAAAUCUCCGUCUGUAAAGCCGAGCUCCGGCGGCCGGGUUCGCCGAAUUCGGAGGAAUCGGUGACGACGACUUGCUUCGAGAGCGGUUUGGCGGAUCAGCAGAAUGCAAAUGGAGGUGAAAGAAAGCUCCUGAACCUGUUCACUUGAGGAAAGCCAUGGCCAUCUUUAUGUCCCCUUUUUUUUUUUUUUUUUCUUUUUUUUGGUUAAUUUUAUUUUUGUGAAUCUGACGUUCACACGGACUAGUCGUAUAGUUCCUGUGUAAUAUUCUUCUGUUUGUACUUUUUUCUUUUUAAAAUUUUUGUAAGGUCGGUUUGGGAAAGGACUUUUCCCGGAAUAUGAAUUUCCGGCGAGUUUUUGUAAAAUUACCGGCACAGGAUUUCUCUCUUUCUUAAUCUUUACAAAGAAAAGAGAGAAAGAUGAUAGUUUGUCGGUGGUUCAUUAGCUUUUUUUUUUUUUUUUUUGGGGGGGUCAAAUUUCUAGCUAAUGACUGUGUGACCAGAAUAAUUCUUAAUUACAUCUCUUCUAUUCUAUAUUUUCUAAUAUGAUAUAGUUGUAAUUUCUUUCUUA